AUGGUGUCGGGAUCAUUAAGCAACUUUUCUUCCGCAGUCAACAAAACUGCAGGGUCUGUAAAUGCAUUAUGUGAAUUGGUAGAAAAGUCUCAAGACUUUCUGAUUCGGAAUGUCCAUUCAUUGGACUUCAUGUUGGAUGACUUUGAUAUUACGAAGUUUGGAAUUUUACAUGCAGCUGUAUUACAUGCCAAAUAUCUUUCACAAUCGGUCGUUGAUAAAGACUGGUUAAUAAUCCAGACUCAAAACUUCUUCAAUCUCUGCAGUCCAGAGUCUUUACAGAAAAUUCCAUCUUAUGUCCGUGUAAUUUCACAUGAAUUUACGAGCUGCUUGAUCAAUAUGGGAAUUCCACACAAGGGAAUAAGUUGUACGGUCAAUGCUAUUCGCAAACUUCAGAAAUGUUCGGAAUACCUUACUCCACUACACUGUGACCUAUGCCAGCUUGCAUUAGCUGCUAAAAUGUUUAGUCCCACUCUUUCCAUUCUCGAUACUGAGAUAUUAGAAAUCGAAAAAAAUAGUACAGCUCUUGAGGCAAAAGAUUAUCUCCUUUAUUUUUACUAUGGAGGAAUGAUUUAUGGUGCAGUAAAGAACUGGGAGAGAAGCCUACACUUCUUUGAAUUGUGUUUAAUUAUCCCUGCCGUAUCAUCAAGCUGUAUUUUGAUUGAAGCUGCAAAAAAAAUCAUAUUAAUCUCCUUGAUAUCACAUGGUAAAUUCAAUACAGUUCCUGAAACGCCAGUUGCAUAUUUCAUGUCUCCAAGACCCUGGAAAUGCUACUGUCAGCCAUAUUUAGAAUUAGCAACAGCAUUCCGGUCUAACAAUCCUGAGGACCUAAAUCACUUUGUUGAUCUUCAUCGAGAAUUAUUUACAGCUGAUUUCAACUUCGGACUUGUUAAACAAGUAGUAAGGUGUUAUGGAAAAUUUCGUAUUCAGAGUCUGACAAAAACUUUUAUGACACUAUCCUUGAUCGAUGUCGCCAUGCGUAUAAAACUAUCCGGUACUCAGGAAGCGGAGAAACAUAUUUUAGAUAUGAUUAGGUCAAAAGCAAUUUUUGCAAACAUUGAUCAGCAAAGUGGGACUGUUCAUUUCCUCGAUGAUCCUGAACAAUAUGACUCGAUUAAUAUGCUUCGAAUUCUUCAGGAAAAAAUAACAGAAUGUGUGGAUUUGGAGAAGCAUUUUAUGCAGUUAACCGAUCUACUAGUGACAAAUCCAAAUUAUGCUAAACGAAUGAUCGAGCUGGAAAGCAAAGUAGCGAAAUCAGCAGGCCAGUAUUGA